CCUAGACUAGCUGAACCGAGAGCUCCGAGCCCUCCGGUCUCGACUGGGCUUGUCGGAGUUCCAAAGCAAUGCUUCCUAAACCUCUCGACAGUCCAUACACCUCCUGCUACUGUGAGGAAAACAUAUAUUUCCUCGUCCGUCGGUUUCUGGAACAAGAGGAGGUAAAGGCUACAUGGGACAUUUUUCCUGUCAUCAUAUCGAACGUGACCAAAACGGUUGCCCUAUGGAGUCAGCUCAAGGCGCCUGCUGCAAACACUGCAGUUAUCUGGGAUUAUCAUGCCAUCUUGGUUCUGCGCAGCCGAUCGGGGUCUCUUUCUCGGUUGCUCAACACGACGCCGGGCAUAGAAGAGGAAACUUGGAUCUACGAUUUCGAUUCUAUCUUGGAGAUGCCUAGUCGUUGGGAAGAGUAUGUUGAGAAGACCUUCCCACCAGAUUCAGACAUCCCAUCGCAGUAUCGGAGUCUUUUCAGGGUUGUAUCUGGGGAAGAGUAUUUGGGUUAUUUUGCGUCGGACAGAUCUCAUAUGUUAUCUCCCGCGGCCGACUCAUCGACAGAAUAUAUUUCUCCGCCGCCUCCUUACCCUGUCAUUUGUGGACCCCUGGCUGAUGCACACGGUUUCACCAACAACCUUAUGACACAUUUUGUUUCAAUGGAGUCGACAUCUAAAGGAUAUGGGACAGUGGUGAAUCGAAAGGCGUUCGUUAGUUGGUGCUCGCACGUGUAAUCAUAGCGUAUUGCCGUGACAUGUGACAUUCAGCGUGACUUGGUUCC